CCACACAAGAUUGGAGUGGAGCAAGCACGACUGGGUCUGGUCCGAUUCGCACAAGGCCAUAGAGAUUGGAGAUUGGAGAUUGAAACAGGCAAGAAACAGGCUGAAGAAAACAAUUGAGAAGAAGACAGAACCUUCGUUACUGGGGAAGUAGCUGAAGGGCUUUGCAACGACAGUCCUACAACUGUUGCCGAAGAACCGUCACUAGAGAUGCUAUAUUAUCGAGACAAAGUUGAAAAACGAGUCAUACCAAAUAUCGAACGGUAGACGUAUCGCAAGAAAUGUCCAAACUUCGAAAGUAGGACUUUCUGUAUUUUCAUAUAACCGCCAUUUUCUGAGAUUCCAGAGAGCCGACCACGCAUACCAAGUGAAGGAAAACAAUUCCGCCAAUGGGAUCCGUCGUUGCACAUGCAAGUGCCAAGUUACGGCUCUCAUGCAAACAUGCAGCAAAGUUUCUCCCCUCCAGAUGAGACAUUGAAACCAUCGUUAGCUGUCGAGCCAGAGCAUUGGAUGACAAGGAAAAAGCAGAUCCAACCCCGUAGAGUUGUGACGAGCAGUCGUAACAAUCCCAAGCCCAUAUCAUACAGAGGAGGAAAGAAAAGGAAAGAAAGAGAGUUGGAGACCAACAACCGAUACCACCUCGCCAAAUUAAACUAACUUCCAUCUCACUGUCCGUCGUCUCUCGAGUCUCGCUGAGUUCUGUGGAUCGAGCAGCUAAGCUGAGUAUUGGCGGAGAGGACGAGGGUCGAGCGGAGUAGAU